GUGUCCCUCCUCAGGCUCUGCUGCCGAGCUCAGGGCCCUGCCCUUGUGUCCAGGGCUCACUGCGUCUCCCCUGACAGAUGGCAGGCCCACGCAGGGCCCUGAGAUGGGGACUGUCCGUCUCUCUCUCUGCUCUUAGGCAAAGAGGGUCACUGCUGAGUGCAUGAGGGGCGGCCGGCCCAGCAAAGGCGGCUGCUAGCCACUGGCUUUAGGCUGCAAGGAGCUGUCGUUUUUUAGGAAUGGAGGAAUUCUGAGGUUCUCUUCCCGAAGUCUAUAUCGUGAGUGUGGUCGUUUGACCCAGGCCCUGGGACCUGAGCUAGUUGGAAUCCUAGCUCCGCCAUUCAGUAGCUCUGUGACCUUGAGCAGGAGGCAUGACCUCUCUGGGCCUCAGUUUGCUCCUCUGUGCAGUGGGUUUGCAUUAAGCACUCUCUGCCUGAGGGGCUGUCGUGAGGUCAGAUGAGUGUCCAGGGCUCAGUGAGGGUGACAGUGGCCCAUGAGCAGAGAUCCUGUUACAGCCAGGUUGCCCAAGGAGUGCUCACAGUUCUGUCCACAGCGGGGACCUUGUGUUUCACACUCAGGGCUCAGCCUAGAGCAGCUCUUUCUGCCGAGCCAGUGAGCAAAUCACUGGAAGCCCGACUUGACCCCUGGAGCUUCUCACGCUGUUCGUUUUUCAUUUCAACACUGUUCACUUAACACGCAUGAGCAAGCCGGGUUUCCGGGCAUCUCCAGCUGGCCAGAAACAGGCUCUCAGGAGCACCCCUGGCCCCCGCCAGGCUGCUGCACCCUCCUCCAUGCCACAUUGGGGGUCCUCUUUCUCCCCGGGGCGAGGGGCUGCGUAACAAAGCCGCACGGGGCAGCUUUCAACAGCAGCUGGCUUUCCUACCUGAGGUCAGGGUGUGGGCAGGGCCCCGCUCCCUCCAGGGGCCCCAGAGGAGGGUCCUUCCUGCUUCUCCCAGCCCCUGGUGGCCCCAGGCGUCCCUUGGCUUGUGGCUGCAUCACUCCCAUUCCUGCCUCUGUGUUGACGUGGCCUCUCCUCUGUGGCUCUGUCUCCACCUUGUGUUUUCUCCUCCUUAUGAGGCACCAGUCAUGAGUCAGGGCCCACCUGAACUUGACCACACCUGCGAAGAUCCUGUUUCCAAAUAUAGUCAUAGUCACUGGUACCAGGAGUACCUGCAACAUUCCUUUUUGGGGACGCAGCUCAACCCACAACAGCUCUCCUUAGUGUCCUGGGUGCUCACUGGGGGGCGGUGAGCCAGGGCUCUGCCAUGCGGCCGGGAUUGCUAUGUCACUGGGAGCAGAAACCCCCGAGGUUCUGGAGGGUUCUAGCAGCACCAGUUCUGAGAAAGGGCCUGGGAUUUGAGCUGCCAUCUUGGCCAGGAGCCAAGUGUUCCAGAGGCUGCCAAGCACCUGUCCAAUGAAACCAGUGUCGGUGCCACAUCUGGCAAUUUGUUGACAGCUCUGAUUUGGGGGUUUCUUGCUCUCCAGUGGGAAAGCAGCUGGAGGUGAUCACCAAGGUUGGAGCCUGAAUGCGUGUUGCCGCAUGGUGGCCCACAGGCCUUGCUGAGACCCAGGCUCGACCCCCCAGAGAUCACACAUUGGGUCUCGUCAACGGGGGAGACUGUGAGCCUCCCUGAGGGGUUGGCUGGAAUUCGGGGGUUUUGCUUUGCCUGGCAGGGACAUGGUGACAUGGGGUAACCACUCAUGCAAGAAGUGUGUGCUGAGGGCCUGGGAGGUGCCAGGAACCAUGCUCAGAUGGGGGUGGACCAUGGGCUGGCCGGACAAGACCACUGCCUGCACUCUCCUGGCGUGGAGGGUUCAGAAUCAUUGGUGCUGGCACCUGUCGGCCGCUGGAGGUACAAGAGCGGCACUUCAGUGUCAGGAGGAGGGGCACCCAUUUUCAGGUGGUCUGUUCCCACAUACAGCAGCCCCAUCCCUGGGCCCCUCAUUCCAUCUGGGUGGUCUCCAGACCUCAGACAGGAGCUGGGUGUUUCUUCAGUUACAAAAUAAAGGAAGUUUAUCAGACACUAGAGACAAUGUCUAAUAAAGACUGAUUUCUCUUCCUAUCUGAGAGCGCCCACAUUCAGGAUAGGAGCCCUGAGAGACAGUGCAGGAGCAGCCUUGAUGCCAGCUCACCUGACAGGGUUCCAGGGUGGCGUGAGGCGGGCAGGUCCCAGCUCCGCCUCACCAGCGCUGUACCUCGGUUUCCCCACCUGUAAACUGAGAGUAAUACUCCCCACCUUGUAGAGUUGUUGUGAGGAUCGAGUUUACAUAUGAAACAUUUAUAAGGGAGGCGAGGUAGAAGGAAACGACGGACGGAGGUCUGUGAAACCAACGGGGAACAGCUUUUAAGCGUGGCGGCGAGGACAGCACCGUGCCUGCAGCAACCUGGAGGGAACGCGAGGAGCAAGGCGGGCCGGCGAGUGCCAGUGCUGCCUGUCCUGCAGGGCCAGCCUCCGAGGGCCCAUGGCAUCCGCCGGGCGCCUCUGGGAACUGCUGCUGGCCCGAGCUCUGCAGAUGAGGUCCCAGAGGUGCAGGGGCCAUCAGCCAUUACCUGGGAUAUUACCUGAGGAAGUGAGCCUGAGAAAGCCCCGCGGGGCUGCUCCGUGAGGCCUCUGAGCCCAGCCCUGUGGGGCAGGACACAGACACCUCUUCAGGGAUGGUCCCCACCUCCAGCUGGGCAUCCUCUCAGGGCAGGGCCUGCCUUGUCACCCACCGUAGGGUCAGCGCUCAUCCAGCCCCCACCUCGGGCCUCAGGAUGCUGUCUUUGAGCGGGCAGCACACCUGCCUGCAGAGGCCCCUGGGGUCCCCUCCCCGCAGCCCUCCCCCCUGGUAUCCUGGCCUGUCCUCAGGCCGCUGCUGGUCCCCUACCUGACUCAUCCUGCAUGCCUGCUGGUCUGUGUCCUGAGGCCCUGUGGUGUCACCUUUACAGAAGGCGGGUCGUCUCCCAGCGCUGCUCCCUCGAGUUCCUGGAAGAUGCAGCGGUCUGUGCCUCGGUUCAAAGAACCAAGCACAUAUCCGGGUCCCCCAGACACAAGGGCCUGAAGAAGACGCACUUCAUUAAGAACAUGCGGCAGUAUGACACCAAGAACAGCAGGAUUGUGCUGAUCUGCGCCAAGCGGUCCCUGUGUGCGGCUUUCUCCGUCCUGCCCUAUGGGGAAGGCCUGCGGGUCAGUGACCUGAGGGUGGACAGCCAGAAACAGAGGCAUCCGUCCGGCGGCGUGUCCGUUUCUUCCGAGAUGGUCUUUGAGUUGGAAGGCGUUGAGCUGGGAGCAGAUGGAAAGGUCGUAUCUUAUGCCAAGUUCCUGUACCCUACCAACGCCCUGGUCGCACACAAAACAGACGGCCACGGCCCGCCACCCCAGCCCCGGCCCAGCGUCCCCCGGGCUCUGCCGGCAUCAAGAUACAAACCUGCUGCCCCCAAGUCAGCACCAGCCGGCACGGAACUAGGGAGCGAGGCAGGGGAUGCCCUGGAGUACAACCCCAACCUUCUGGAUGACCCACAGUGGCCCUGCGGCAAACACAAGCGGGUCCUCAUCUUCGCAUCCUACAUGACCACAGUGAUCGAGUAUGUGAAGCCCUCUGACCUCAAGAAGGACAUGAAUGAGACCUUCCGGGAGAAGUUCCCGCAUGUCAGGCUGACACUGAGCAAAAUUAGGAGCUUAAAACGGGAGAUGCGGAGCCUCUCUGAGGAGUGCAGCCUGGAGCCCGUGACGGUGUCCAUGGCCUACGUGUACUUCGAGAAGCUCGUCCUGCAGGGCAAGCUCAACAAGCAGAACCGCAAGCUGUGCGCAGGUGCGUGUGUGCUGCUUGCUGCCAAGAUCAGCAGCGACCUCCGCAAGAACGAAGUGAAGCAGCUCAUUGAUAAGUUAGAAGAAAGGUUUCGAUUCAACAGACGGGAUCUAAUUGGGUUUGAGUUCACAGUGCUCGUGGCUUUGGAACUUGCUCUCUAUCUCCCUGAGAACCAGGUGUUACCUCAUUACAGACGCCUCACCCAGCAGUUCUAGCCAAGGCCAGCUGCCCAGACCACCCUGGCACUCCAAGCCCUUGCCACUUGCUCAGCGCACCCACGUUUGUGGGCCCAAGGGCUGUCCCACGCACUGUUUCCUUCAUUCCAAAGCCCCACAUCACACGGUAUUUGAGUAUUCCUGAGCUCGUACAUGGACGGUGUGGGGUUGUUACUGUCUUCGUCCACAUGCCCGAGACUGCUCUGGCACCACCACCCUCGAUUCAUGGCGCAUCCCGCCUUCACUGCGUCUGUCUCCUUGGUGUUGCCUUGCCGUCCGCAAACCCUCUAGCCACUGCACUAGUGUUGCGGUGGCAGUCUGGGUUUCCAGUGCUCUGAACACACUGAAAUUGCUGAAGUUAACGUACCGAAGCAUGAAUCGUGGCUAUUUCAGGUUUCUGGAUGUGGAAAUAGUGCUAUGGCACACAGCCCCACCCAGCCCUGCAAAGCUGGAGGGCUGGCCACACCCCUCCCUGCACCCACAAGCAGUUCUAGCGCCACAUUAUGCCAACAAGAGCACUCCUGGUUUGUUUUGCUAUUUUUACUCUUGGAUCUGUUCUUCCAAGCAUCGUGUCACUGUGAAAUCCUGAAGCCUGAGUGUCAUGCACCCCAUGUGGGCACUGUCCUUCCCCUCACCAGGAAAACCCCACUGGUCGUGACACUUGGGACUCUCAGCUCACUGCAUUGCUGCCUCUUGACCUUCCUAAGCAAUAUUGUGACCGAGAAAAGCAGCAGAUUUAUUAUUAUCAUUUGGGAUGCUGCUGUGGGUUGUUUUUUAAGGGAACAAAAACUGGUUAAGUGACAUGCGCUGAAGUCAACUUGAAACUACGCUGGAUUCUCAAGCGGGGAGAUGAGCACGUCACAGCCCCCACACCCCACAGCACCACCUCUGUAAGCGAGUCAACUUCAAUGCCUUUAUCUUCUGGGCAAGCAGCAGCAGGCUGAUGCAGCCUGUCUCACUAAGCGGACCCCAACGGGUAGUGGUUGUCACUUCUGUGGAUGUCUGUACCCAACAUGUUCAGCUUUUUCCAGGUUUGUUCUUGCACAAAUGUAGUCUUGUCCAGUUCUCCAGUUUGCUGCCCCCAAAAUACCUAAGAACCAAGGACUGGUGAGUCAGCUGGUCUGAAAAAUGGCUGUUGGCUGGGCCAUUAAGCUGCUUCCCUACCGUGCUCUAACCUUGUCACUGGAGGGGCCCUGGGACAGCCCCCACCCUGUAUUCUCUCCGUGUGGACUGGUGCUUUUGCAAAGAGAGCCAGUUCUCAUCACAGCACCCAACCACCAGCAACUCAGCCUAGACACCAACGGAGGUGGGCAGCUGCCCACCCACUUGCUGCCUGCAGGCCUGCUGCCCCUUCCUCAGCCACCCAGUCCGGCUAAGGGCGCUGCAGGGCAGGAUGGACGACGCCCAAGUCCACAUCCCAACCUUAUUUAUUGAGGAGUGUCUCCCUCCUUCCCAAGAUAGCCUCCUAAACCCGACGUGCACACAAGGCGGAAUGGAGGCUGGAAGCUGCUGGGCCUCAGGCACCUUUCUUCUGGAAAGCAGCCUGUCCUGCCACCAUAGCAUCUCAAGGACACUUCCGUUUCAAGCACUGUAUGGGACUGCCUUUCAAACAGUGUAUGUCCUGGUUUACAACUUAGCCUCGAGGGACCCAUCUCCUUGGGAAUUUUACAGAUAUUCGAACAGCUGAUAAAUACAGUAAUUUAAGUUUGCAUAUUUAUGUAGUAAGAUUUAGCUGUUUAUCAAUGUUGUCUGUGUCCUUUUUAGUAAUGUGUCAAAGAGCUGCCCGUGUGUGGGACUCAACACUCACCACAGCAAAGCCAGCACUUAAGCCAAACUUCGGCCUGAACCGUCCGUCAUCCUCUGAAACGAGCCCAGACAUCUGAGGGGUGUCCAAGGGUCUGGUGCCACUCCCUCAGAACGCCCCCAGCCCCAGCAGCAUUUGUGGGUUUUAAACGUGCAUUAAGCAACUACCUGACCUCAGAGCCGAGAUCUGUUUGUAUUUGUGCUUUGAAGUAAAGUUUGUUUUUGCAGCAUA